AAAGAUAGCCUCAUUUUAAUUCCCUUCACAAACCCAUUUUUUUUCUCCACACUCUCUCUCCUCCAUCAUCUUCUUCUUCUUCUCUAUCUAGGGUUCACUCAAUUCUCAUUCUCUCUCCUCCAACAAUCAACAAUCAACAAUCAACAAUGUCAGGAAGCGGCGUAGUAACCCUCUACGGAAACGGCGCAAUUACCGAAACAACCUCCAACAAAAAAUCCCCAUUUUCCGUCAAAGUGGGCCUGGCCCAAAUGCUCCGUGGUGGCGUAAUAAUGGACGUCGUAACCCCUGAACAAGCCCGUAUCGCUGAAGAAGCCGGUGCAUGUGCUGUAAUGGCCCUUGAACGUGUCCCAGCUGAUAUCCGGGCCCAAGGUGGUGUGGCCCGUAUGUCCGACCCACAACUCAUCAAAGACAUAAAACGGGCCGUAACAAUCCCUGUUAUGGCAAAAGCCCGUAUUGGUCAUUUUGUUGAAGCCCAGAUUCUUGAAUCCAUUGGUGUUGAUUAUGUCGAUGAAUCCGAGGUUUUAACAUUAGCUGAUGAAGAUAAUCAUAUUAACAAACAUAAUUUUCAGAUACCAUUUGUUUGUGGAUGCAGGAAUUUAGGUGAAGCAUUGCGGCGUAUCCGUGAAGGUGCCGCAAUGAUUCGAACUAAAGGUGAGGCAGGAACUGGAAAUAUUGUUGAGGCUGUUCGUCAUGUAAGAUCAGUUAUGGGGGACAUUCGUGUUCUUCGUAAUAUGGAUGAUGAUGAGGUUUUCACUUUUGCAAAAAAAAUUGCUGCUCCUUAUGAUCUUGUAAUGCAGACUAAACAAUUGGGGAGACUUCCAGUUGUGCAAUUCGCCGCGGGCGGAGUUGCUACACCUGCGGAUGCUGCACUUAUGAUGCAGUUAGGCUGUGAUGGGGUGUUUGUUGGUUCUGGUGUGUUUAAGAGUGGUGAUCCUGCUAGAAGGGCUAGAGCUAUUGUUCAAGCAGUAACUCAUUAUAGUGAUCCUGGAAUGUUGGCUGAAGUUAGUUGUGGAUUGGGAGAAGCUAUGGUUGGGAUUAAUUUGAAUGAUGAGAAAGUUGAGAGGUAUGCUGCUCGUUCUGAGUGAAACUCAAGAGAAAUUAUUCACCUCAAAUUAUGGUUUUAAUGCUUUUUAGUAUUAGGGUUUAUGCUUGUUUAUGCUUGUUUUGGUGUUUGGAAUUCGUAUAGUAGUUGAAAGAAAAAUAAGAAAAACAUAGUGGGAAACUUUUAAUAUAUCAUGUUCUUGAGAAUUUUCUAUGAAAUGAAUUGGGUUUUUUUCUUAUCUA